AUGGCCAAUCCGCUUGACGUGCCGCCCUACCUCCUCCAACCACUCAUCCCUAGCAUCACUGCGGGGACUGUCACUUGCGCGCAGGCCUUUGGGACCGAAAUAUACGUAGGCUGCUCGAAUGGCGAGCUCCUGCGCUACUCUAUCCAUCCAGACGCAGAUCCCACUAAGCUAGCCACUUACACUCUCCUCUCGCAACAAAGCCUCCCUUCGGGCAAGCAGAUCGACGAGCUCAUCCUCGUACCCUGCAUUGCCAGGGCGUUAAUAUUAUGUGAUCGCCAAGUUCACAUAUAUACCCUCCCUUCGCUUGAUCUCGUUCCGAACAUCAAACCCAUCCGCCAUGUUGAAGCUCUCGCAGUCGACCAUAAUCAUCUUCAGCGCCCCGCCGCCACCUCCCUUACCACCAGAGCCACUUCCAUGUCAACAAAUUUUCCUACCGACCGAGGGAAAAAUGAUGCUAUCGAGAUGUGCGUGAUAAAGCGCAACAAUAUCGCAAUGUUUAGCUUGGGCGAGGAGAAGUUAACAUAUACGAAGGAUAUUCCCUUCCGAACUGAAGCUCCCCGUGCUCGGCGUUCAGGGCAUCAUCUGUGCAUUGCAACCGCAGAUCUUUACAGUAUAAUCGAUCUUGCGAGCGCGCAGAUGUUUGAGCUACUCCCGGUGACCCAGGUCCAAGGCACAGAGGGUACGAUUAAACCACAUAUCCUCGUGAUAUCUCCGUCUGAGUUCCUUAUACUGAGCUGGACGGGCGGGAGCACACUUGGUGUGUUCAUUACCGGUGAGGGUGAUCCUACGCGUGGAACACUUCAGUGGCCAGCGCAUCCGGUGUCCAUUUGCCUCGACUAUCCCUACCUAACGACACUUCUUCCAAACGGCACAAUCGAAGUGCACAGUGUUGAAACGCAGGCGCUUAUCCAAACCAUCUCUGCGCCCGAUUUUAACGAAGGAAGGAGACCGGGCUUGGUCUCGUGCCUCGCUGGUUAUGCAGCGCCCACCUCCGAGCGUGUGGACAAGAUGAGGAAGGUGAAAGUUGGGCUGUCGGGCGAUGAGGAGGUCCUUCAAGGUCAUGAAGAGAAACUGGAGGAAGUUGAGAAAGAGAAAGAUACAGAAGUCCCAAGUUUGUCUAUAUGA